AUGUCAAGACGCAGUAGCCGUUUACAAGCUAAGCAGCAGCCCCAGCCCCAGCCCAGCCAGACGGAGUCCCCCCAAGAAGCCCAGAUAAUCCAGGCCAAAAAGAGGAAAACAGCCCAGGAUGUCAAAAAGAGAAAAGAGGAGAAGGUCACCAAGAAACAGCAGUAUGAGAUUAGGAAUUGUUGGCCACCUGUAUUAUCUGGGGGGAUCAGUCCUUGCAUUAUCAUUGAAACACCCCACAAAGAAAUAGGAAGAAGUGACUUCUCCAGAUUUACAAAUUACAGAUUUAAAAAUAUUUUUAUUAAUCCAUCACCUUUGCCUGAUCUAAGCUGGGGAUGUUCAAAGGAGGUUUGGCUAAACAUGUUAAAAAAAGAAAGCAAAUAUGUUCAUGACAAGCAUUUUGAAGUUCUGCAUUCUGACUUGGAACCACAGAUGAGGUCAAUACUUCUAGACUGGCUUUUAGAGGUAUGUGAAGUAUACACACUUCACAGGGAAACAUUUUAUCUUGCACAAGACUUUUUUGAUAGAUUUAUGUUGACACAAAAGGAUAUAAAUAAAAAUAUGCUUCAACUCAUUGGAAUUACCUCAUUGUUCAUUGCUUCCAAACUUGAGGAAAUCUAUGCUCCUAAACUCCAAGAGUUUGCUUAUGUCACUGACGGUGCUUGCAGUGAAGAGGAUAUCUUAAGGAUGGAACUCAUUAUAUUAAAGGCUUUAAAAUGGGAACUUUGUCCUGUAACAAUCAUCUCCUGGCUAAAUCUCUUUCUCCAAGUUGAUGCUCUUAAAGAUGCUCCUAAAGUUCUUCUACCUCAGUAUUCUCAGGAAACAUUCAUUCAAAUAGCUCAGCUUUUAGAUCUGUGUACUCUAGCCAUUGAUUCACUAGAGUUCCAGUACAGAACACUGGCUGCUGCUGCCAUAUGCCAUUUUACCUCCAUUGAAGUGGUGAAGAAAGCCUCAGGUUUGGAAUGGGACAACAUUUCAGAAUGUGUACACUGGAUGGUGCCAUUUGUUAGUGUAGUAAAAAGUACUAGUCCAGUGAAGCUGAAAACUUUUAAGAAGAUUCCUAUGGAAGACAGACAUAAUAUCCAGACACACACAAAUUAUUUGGCUAUGCUGGAUGAAGUAAAUUACAUAAACGCCUUCAGAAAAGGGGGACAGCUGUCACCAGUGUGCAAUGGAGGCAUUAUGACACCACCGAAGAGCACUGAAAAACCACCAGGAAAACACUAAAGAAGUUAACUAAGCAAGUUGGAAUUGACCAAGUACUGGGUAGAAUUUCUCACAACUGUACUACUAAAGUUUUACAGGAUAACAGUGUUGUGAUUGUCCUAGCCAAUUCAGAGGUUACACUGCCAUUCUUUGAUUUUCAAAACCACUUAAA